AAUCUCUUCACGCUGUCAAGUUCUCUUGACUCAACACUUCUCGCGUGUAGCACGCACUCCGCUUGACCCUCAUUUACAAGAGGCAUGGUCCCAGGAAUUGUUACCUAUUUAUAUCUCAAUCAGGACGGACGUCACACACGGUGCAUUUCCUCGUCAAACACUGCCGGACAGGGAUACUUUGUUACAGGUGAAGACUCCGUCGGUGGACUGCGGACAGGUGUGGCAGGGUGUGGGGUCAGUAGAUAGACCUGAAGGGAGAGGACAGGUAGACAGUCUGAGGGGAGAGGACAGGGGCCACUUGUGCAGUCCAGGUAGACGGGGGCGUGGUCGGGACGUCUAGGCAGCUGACGACGGUGGCGGAAUGUUCAUGAUCGUCACAUGACCGCGAGCAGACGACAUAGAGGUGCGCAGUCGACAUUACCACUAAACGUUACAGAGUAAAGGGCGAAGGGAGACUACAUCGACCGACUUCCAAUGAAGUUUGAUCAAAUGUAGAAUUUACGGAGCAGACGACACAGAAUACAGCAGACGACAGUUGAAAGAAGAGCAGACGACCGCAGCAAUGGCGGACGCGGAGAUCCUCAACGCUCUUUCAGAGGGUCUCUGCAGCUGCGGAAUUUGCGGCCGUCCUCAGCGACGUCCUAAGUCUUUGCCCUGUCUGCACUCUUUCUGCAAAACGUGUCUGAACGACCACAUCAACGGCGAGCUCGAACGAAAUGGAUCCAAGUCGUUCCCAUGUCCGAAAUGCAAACAGGCAACACCGCUUCCCCCCGACGGCAGGAGAGGGCGGUACGGCGAUAGCUUCCGGGACGAUACGUUUGUGAAUAAGCUGAGUGAGGUGUUGACUGCGUAUAAUGACGACAAAUCCUGUGAUAUCUGUGAUAGAAGGGACGUGACGGCACCUGCAGUCAACUGGUGCAUGGACUGUUAUGAUGCAAUGUGUGACGCAUGUGGCAAGGUCCACCUGCACGGAGCGACCACUGCUGACCAUGUCGUCAUUUCCGCUGACGAGAUGCGUACGCUUCCGCUGGAGAAUGUCAUGAAGCGGAAACGUAGUGUUCUGUGCGGGAAGCACGAAGGGGAGGUUCUCAAGCUGUUCUGCGUGGACUGUAGAGGUCCGGCGUGUGUCCAGUGUGUUGCCACGUCUCACAGAACAUGUAAGAACUGCGUGACAGUGGUGGAAGCUAUGUCUGAGCGGGAGGAGGACCUUGGUGAACUUAUCGUUCAAGCAGAAGCCCUGCAGUUGAAGUCUGAUGGGACACCGGGUGGUCAGUCCUUGGGGGACGCGGGGGAGGUCUUGGAAGAGACUAUUAAGCGAUCAGAGGAGAGGAUUAAAUCCCUUGCGGCAGAUUUGAUCAAAAGGAUCGAGCAGAGCCAGAACAACCUUCUCAGUCGUCUAAACGACUCGGCACAGAAGCUUCGCAGCCAACUAAAUGGGUCCAAAAGGGGUCCCAAGAAAGACCACAUGGGUACCCUAAAGUGCGCGAGUGAACGGAUGCAGGCUCUGCUCAAGUACGGGAGUGACGUAGAGAUCUUGCAGGUUUACGAGACUAUCAAAGACUCGAUCCAGCAGAUAGGGCAGGAGGGAGACUCGACCGUCGAACCACCAGAAGACCUGAUGGUCAGGGUCAAUUUUGCUGUAACAGACCCUGUGAAACUGUUCAACAGAGAUUUUGAGGAACUGGGUGAAGUUCAAAUCGAGGAUUGCAAUUCGGACGAAGGUCUGUCCUCGUGAGGAGUCGCGUGCACCUCGAAGGGGGAGAUAAUCGUGGCCGAUUGCCGAAACAAACGAGUUCAGAAGUUUACAGGUAAUGGCGAUCUCAUUGAUCAGAUCCAGAUCAGCGAGGAACCACGAGAUUUGACGAGAUGUGGCGAGAGAGAGGAGGUGGCCAUUACCAUCAACAAAAAAGUGAUUUUCUUUGUCGUCACGGGGGGACAAAUGGCCCUGAAGAAGAGAGUAAGGACAGAAAAACAGUACGACAGUAUCAAAAUGUCCAAGUCAGAAGACAGUUUGCUCGUCAGCUGUCUCAAAGAUGCUUCCGUGGAUCUCAUCAGUCUUGAAGGGGAGAUUCUGAAGUCCUUCAACGCAGAUGCUGACGGCAAACCGAUAUUUGUCACCCCGCGAUACGUCUGUUUCACAAGGGAAGGCAACUACGUUGUCACCGACGUCAGCAGCAACACCGUCAAGUGCAUAUCCCCAGAGGGUCAGCUUGUCUACGCCUACCAUCCCGACGGCGCCCACGUCCUCAGGAAACCCCAAGGUCUCUGCGCUGACAAGAUCGGCAACAUUUUCAUUGCCGACUACGCUAACAGUCGGAUCCAGCUGAUCACCAGCGAGGGAUACUUCCAGAGAUUUGUCCUGGCCAGAGAAAGUGGACUGUCUCGACCAGUGGCCAUCAACAUGACGUCCUCCAACAAGCUGAUCGUCGUCCAGAGUGAUGGGAUGGUCAAAGUCUUCAGCUAUGAAUGACCCGGGCAUAUGAAGCCCCGCUUCAAAGUGACUUGUUGGUGCCCACGCUGCCUCGCCAAGGAGGAGCAGGAAGCAGAAGCUGCGCAGUAAACGCAGAGAGGAUUCUGGGAGAUUAGCAUCAAGGCCCUGCUGUAGACGCUGUAUCAAGACACGCCAUCAUAGAUUCAGAUGCUUGUAAUAUGCUCGUAGAAAACUUGACGUACUUCGCAGUUAGUAUAUAUAUCAGUCAGGAUAGAACAUUACGAAACAAUCAAGGUAUUAAAUCCCGUUAACCCUGUUUCUGAAGUUAGUGGACAUGCAGAGAUAGAAGAUUAGGAAACAAUUAUGGUAGGAAACCCUCGUUAACCCUGUUUAUAAAACUAGUAGACAUUUAAAACAAGUUGAGUUAGAAGAUUAGGAAGGAAUUAAGGUUUUAAAUCCCCGUUAACCCUGUUUAUAAACCUAGUGGACAUGCAGAGUUAGAAGAUAGGAAACAAUCAAGGUAUUAAAUCCCCGUUAACCCUGUUUAUAAACCCAAUGGGCAUGCAGAGUUAGAAGAUAGGAAACAAUCAAGGUAUUAAAUCCCCGUUAAACUGCUUAUAAACCUAGUGGACAUGCAGAUCUAGAGUUAAAAGAUUGGGAAACAAUUAUGGUAGGAAACCCUCGUUAACCCUGCUUAUAAACCUAGUGGGCAUGCAGAGUUAGAAGAUAAGGAAGCAAUCAAGGUAGGAAACCCUCGUUAACCCUAUUUAUAAACCUAGUGGGC